UCCUUUAAUAAACUAGCAUUCGCCCAAGCACGAGGAGAUGCAAUACGCUAGAUGCCAUACCGCACGAGGAAGGAGUUCGGUAGGUGAGUUGUUAGCAGGAUAGGGAAGAUGCUAGGAGAUGGAUGCAAUUCAACCUUAUCUUAUCACGCUAGAAACGGCCGAGGUUCGCUAUAAGUACAGCGCUGGGCGCUCGGACCAUGCAAGUACUAAGUCAUAAGCCCCUGACGCCGGCUACAUACCAACCAACCAACCAACCAACCAACCCUCGACGUCACCUAACCCAACCAACCUUCUGCCACCAUCGCGACGAUGAUCAUAGUCAAGUGAGCAAACAAACAGACAGCGCUACAAUCCAACUCGAGCAUCCAAAACAAACAAACAAACAGCGAAAAGCUAUUAAUCUCGCAGCCUCGCUCCAGUCAAUGAGAAAAUCAGCGUAGAUAGCGCCGGCGCGCCGUCGUCUUUCCACGGCUAUAAUUACAACUUCCCACUUUCGUUAUAUCCCCCCUCCCCCCCAAGGUCCCCCCCAAAGUCCGCACGUGAGAUCGCACAACGUACAACAACAACAACAACACCACCACCCACGAUGCCCAACCAACAGCCCUCCUCCCCCACGCCCUCCCUCCUCCUCACAAAGCGCCUAACCGCCUUCCUCAGCGCCAACCUCGGUCCCCAGGUCCACACCGCAGUCCUAACGACUCUCUCCGGCAAGCUCCUCGCGCACGCGUCACCCCACUCCGUCGGCACCCUGCGCACGCAAUGCACCGUCGCCGCCUCCGUGUGGGCGCUGUAUUCGACGCCCGAGACCGUCGCCGAGGCCUUGCCCCAGUCUCAACGUGCACAGUCCACAUCCCCCUCGCCAGUACCGCAUCCGACGCCUAGCGCUGUGACGAUACAACUCGUGGCCGGUGUCAUGGUUAUCCGACGGCUGCGCUGCGGCCUGCUGUUCGUGUGUAUUGGCCCGAGUGCGGGUGCCGAGGGGGCGGGAGGUGAUUACGUCACGCAUACGCCGGCGCGAACGGUGCCCCCCGCUCAACAGCAGCAGUCGAAUUCAAACGAGCCGCAUCCUGCGACGCCGCUUGGAUCGCCGUCGGAGGUCGAAAGCGUGGUUAGUGCCGGAGCUGCGACGACGGCGAGUAUUGCGACUACGACUAGCGUUGCGGCUACGGCGGUGGUGGCUACGCGGCGACAGGCGGAGGAGCUGGCGCGCUGGCUGGAUGAUAAGCUAGGCUCGUUGGGGACUCUCGAAGAGGGAUUGGGAGUCGAGACGAGAUAAGAAGGUGCGGUUUUAAUGAACGGUUAUUCUACGAGAUUCAGGUUCGGGCCCUUGGAAUUAGGGACCACGGAUCUUCGUGUUAUGGAUCGGCUAUGAAGAUUCAGCGCACUCCGUAGCAAGGAGAAGCGUAUGGGCUAGAGGGAGCUACGUGAUUAUUAAGACUCGUCUGAGGGACGGUCUUCUAAGUUGGAUGUGGUAAUGGCAUAGGGCUCGGAUACAG